CCAGUUUUUCAAAACAUUGGCCGGUAUCGCAUUCGGCAAAACAUUUUCCACAAACAAUGUAAAUCUGUUUAACAUCGACGGUUGGCGAAAAUAAUGUGUUUUAAUCAAUGUUAUUUUUACAAUCAAGCUUUUACACCUAUCGUUUCUUUUGGAUACAGGCUCAGUAGGCUCUAAUUUUCGACAUCGGGUUGUAAUCAAAACGAGAAGAAAACCACCAAGAAGAAGUUUGUUUUGUAGCGAAGCGGACGCGCGCGAAUCCCGUGUUUAUUUAGUUGACUUGUUACCGUGAUUCUAUAGCAAUAAUAUGAAUUUAGUGUGUCCCAUUUGUUCUGAUCUAUUUGUACCAUCUGCCGAAGUAAAUAUUACACCAUGUGGCCACAUGUUCCAUAACCCAUGCCUGUUGCAAUGGCUAGAACGAUCUAAAACCUGCCCGCAAUGCCGUGAUCGUUGCAUCGCAACACGACUAAUCAAGGUAUAUUUCAAUGUAACGGCCAAUCUCGAUACGACCGAAGACAACGCUUCCCUGUUGGAAAAGCUGGACAACUUUACGUUAAAAAUCCGCGAGCAGGAAAACAAAUUGAAAACAUUUGAAACAAAUGCUGCUGAACAUAAAAGUGAGCAGAAAAAGAUGAGAAAAACCAUACUGGGUUUGGAGGAAGAAAUACGUUCCAAGAACACGGCUAUGUUUGCAUUGCGGCACGAAAUGGACAUGAUACGAGGAGAUCGGAAAGCGUUGGUCAAGGUGCAGGAGGAGCUGGAAAGCGUGCGAACGAAACUGCAGCUAUAUAUAGGGGUAAAGCAGGCGCUGGAAGAUAGUGUGCAAGAGGUGGAACAGAUGCUUACCAAUAAUAUGACCCGUGAAGCGGCCAUCACGCUAGCCGUUGCUCUGAAACGCGAGCUACAAGCACAAGAGAUGAAGCGUAAGAAGCAAUCGGAUCGGAUAACGCAUCUUCAAAAUGAUCUGAUAGAAUACCGUAGGAAGAUCAAAACAUUGGAAGAGAGUCUCUCGACGUGUGAUAGUGAGAUAUAUCGACUGGAGCAACUUUUAAAGCAACAGGCAAAAGAGGCCACUGUCGAUACGUCGACCGAAAGCUUUGGUUCUCCGGACGAAAUUGUACCAAAUACACCGGACCAACGCCCAAAGGUUGGUCGGAAGCGCCCAAUGACGGACCUUAACAAUAGUACUCCUUUGUCGGAGAAGGUACGAAAAAUUAUAGACUCCAAUUCGCCUUACCUUCGAGUUAAAACUAGCAGCAUUGGACUCGCGCCACUCAUGCGCGUGGGUUUAAGCGCAAAUCCACAUCCUUCGUCAUCCAGUAAUAAUGGCACGGAGAAGCCGAAACUGAGCGGAAGUUCUUCUGCCAAAUAUUCGAUCUUCUCGAAGAAAAGAAUAUCCGAGUCAAUUUCUGGACUUGCAGCAAUAGCGAAAACUUCCUCCACCGCACAGGAUGAGAAGAACUGUGAAAGUAAGGAAGGGGAGGAAAGCACUCUGGCAGGACCACGGUUCAAGUUAACUUCCUCUACCGUAACGGCCCGUCUAAAGGCAGGCAAACUUACUAGGCAUCCCUCUACGGUAAGCAGCCCCAAGAAAGGGGAGGAUUUCAAUUUAGAUGAUUUUAUCGAGUUAGAAAAUAUUAUUGAAUAAGCGCUCGUGUGUGCGGAAGCUUUUUAGAGUAUUUAUAAUAAACUAUUUGUUAUA